AGACGCUCUUAAACCCUUUCUUCUCCAACUACACCGUUUUUUUAAUUUUUCCCCUCAGCCGACGAAUGCAAGGGAACCGCGACGGUUCGUGGUCUCUAAACGCCUCCACGAACAACACUGGAAGCGGCAGAGGCAACGGAAACAUCAUCAACACCGUUCCCGGUGGAGGAGGAUACCUUCCUCAGGCGAAUCCCGUGUUUCCCAAUUUCAAUCAACAACCUAUUAGAUACCCUCUCCCUCAGUUUCCGGCGAAUUUUUACCGCCCUAGUUUCCCAGACUUCUCCCUCGGAAACCCUAAUUUCCAACCCCAGCCGAAUCUUAGCUUCCAUCCUCCACAACAAAUCCCUCACCAGUUUGGGGCUAACGCUAAUGUUUUCCUUCAGAACCAUAGCCAGAACAGCUUCUCUUUCCCUCUUCAAUCAUCUCUGCCUAUUAACAACGAUAUCAGUACCUCCUCUCAGAAUCAUGGAACUUUCGAAAGCUCUUCCUUUAAACGAAGACGGCAAGAGGAGGUUGUUGUACAGGGGACUGAUGUUGUCCCCCCGAGUUCUGAUUUUGCUAUUGGUGAGAGUGCUAAUUCCUUUAGUGUGACUCUACCGAUCUCUACUAGUCAUAAUGUAACUUUGGAUAAGUCAUCGGCAAAACCGAAGCGCAAAGUUGAAGUUAUGCGGAUUGAUAAGGCGGUUAACAAGACGCGUAAAGCAGUCGCUGCUGCUGGAGAGAGUGUUUCUUCGACUAGAGUGUCCAGAGCGGUUCUUGAAGAACUUCAGGCUGAUUCUUGGCGUUCCUUGGGUGUUCAAAUGCAAGAUGUUCCUUCUCUACGUCAACUUAUGGCCAUUGAAGGCAAGAUCAAUGCAUUUAUUCACUGCUUCGUUGGGGCUAGAAGAAUCGUGACCCUGUAUGAUUUGGAAGUGGCAAUUUGCCGGAACGAGUUUGUUGAUUCUUUCGAUGAUUUGGAAUUGGGACCUUUGCUGCAGCAUCCACUAGUCUUGCUCUAUUUUCCAUCCAUAUCCAGUUCUACUGGCCCAGUUCAGAUCACUAGUGAGGAGAUAAUAACAUUUCUUGAUAGCUAUCUGCACACUUAUAUGACAGAAGAUGUUAAGCUCGAUGAAUUUCUCAAUUUUGUUGCAAGCCAAAAGUCAGUUACAAGCAAGGAAAAGCUUGGUGUGCGUAUUCAGAGCUUGCGGAUGUAUGUAUCGUUCAUUCUAGACGCGAAGAGACAAGAAGGUGAAACAUUGAAAGUCUUACUGACUGAGCUGCAUCAAAAGUAUCACAUCCCCUCAUCAAAGAAACAACGGCAAGAUAAACCCUUAACUGUCUCUGAGCGUGCUGACUCAUUUGCUUUACAUCAUAAGGAUUACUGUGGCAAGCAUACAAGAUUUGAUUCAUCAAGCUCAGAUGAUAAUGAUAAUGUAUAUGAGGUUGCGAAUCUUAAUAGUUCUGACCAUAUCAAUAGUUGUCCAUAUCCAUCUGUUGCGGAAGAGAUGAAGCGGCUUGGGGGCUCCAAUAAGAAAAGGAAGGGUGAAAAACGUAAUCACGAAAAAUCUGAUUCGUCCAAACUGCUUAGAAAAUCCCCCUCUAAGUCACAAGGACGCGCAAAACAAGAGAUACCUAAAUUGGCUGAUGAUUCUGAUGCUAAGAAGGUUCUCAGUAUCGAUGAGGCUGAUUUCACACUUUCUGAAGGAGAUUUAAGGUUGUUUAUUUCAACUUGGAAGGACACAUGUAAAGAGCUAAGCAUUUCAACCUUUGUCGAGAAGAUGUUGUCUUUUUACAACUUGGGGGGCUCUGAAGGACGAGCUCAGAUUAAAAGAGCUAAAGCGAUGUCAUCAUUUCCGUUUGUUGGAUUACUAAAUGUCGCUGUAACUUCAUUACGACGUGGAAUGUGGGAUAGCAUAGAUGAUAAUUUGCAAAUGACUAGCUUAAGUGACACGACUAAUACAGGCUCAGGAAAUCAAGUUGGUGAAAUUAACCCAAGUGAAAACCGUGAGUUAAGCAAAACUCAGCAUGUUAUGCCUCCUAAACACAGUAACACUGUUGAAGAAAUUAUCAGAAGACUUUCCUUGUAUUUUGAGCAUGAUCUUUCUGGAGAGAAGCACAUUGGUAUCUUUAGGAAGCUACAGAGUUGCGAGGUUUUGUUGGUAGAGCAAUUUCAAGUGCAUAAUUUUGAGUCUCUUGGUUGGGGUGGGUUUUUCACUUUCUUGGAAAAACAUAUGUUACUACUACCAACACAACUUCAAAGGUUUCUAUCUAGAGAAUUACGGGAAGAAUUUCCUCUGGAGGCCCACGUGAAUGAGAAUCUGUUGACCCUUUUGCUUUCACAAGCUUCUGAAUUUUCAGGUGAUAAUGUAAUAUCUAGAGAAAUGGUAGCUCGACUGCUUGCAGAACAGUUUCCAUCAAUCAAUUUUAAGGUUGUAGGAAGAGAUUCAGAGGAAAAUUUCACUGAAAUCAUUGCUAAGAAGAAGUCUUAUUCUAAAUGUGUCCUCUUUUCUGCAACAUUGUUGGGAGCUGAAAACUCUUUGACCAGUAAGCAUCUGGAAGAAUCUCUGACAGUGGGAAAUGAUACUGAAGCAAGAAGCAGCAUUCUUAAUGCUGUUGCUUCCAAAGAGGUUUUAGAUGUUUUGCUUAGAGUUCCAUUGUUGUCAGACUUGAAUUCAUGGUGUCACUGGGAUCUUAGGUAUGCCCCACAGUUUGGUCCUCUUAUGGGUCUCUUUAUCACUAUUCCUGUUCAAAAUGCUGAUGACAAUAAGUACCCUGAACACGUGGAACCCACACUCACAUUCAUUCUUCAAAAGACCGGGAUUGUUGUUUUAAACAAUGAGUGUGGCUUCAUGCCUGAGAAUAUUCGGGCCCUGUGUGAUGUUGGUCGAUCCACAAAGAAAGGAUCUGGUGGAUACAUAGGGAAGAAAGGAAUUGGCUUCAAGUCAGUGUUUCGGGAUGCAGGAUGGAACACUUGCAUUACACUUCCUUUCAGAGCCAUUGAUUCUGAAAGAACGACAGUGAAUCACAUUGAACCUAUGUUUUCAGACCUUCAUCCGUCAUUACUACUCUUCCUACAUCGCCUCCAGUGCAUAGUAUACAGAAACAUGCUUGACGAUUCUCUCUUGGUCAUGAGGAAAGAGGUUGUGAGCAAGAAUAUCAUAAAGAUUUCAUGUGGAGAAAAUAGUAUGACCUGGUUUGUGGCAUCAGAGAAAUUAAAGGCUUCCAAUCUUCGUGAUGGCGUUCAGACAACAGAGAUUUCUAUAGGAUUCACUCUUGACAUGAUGGAAGAUGGAACUUACAGAUCAUGUAUGAUUCAAGAACCCGUUUUUGCUUUUCUUCCUCUAAGAACUUAUGGUUUGAAAUUUAUUAUACAAGGGGAUUUCAUUCUUACAUCAUCAAGGGAGGAUGUUGAUGAGGAUAGCCCUUGGAACCAGUGGCUUUUGUCAGAAUUUCCGGGUUUGUUUGUGGAUGCUUUGAGGUCCUUCUGCAGUCUUCCUUCUUUCGCCCAGAAUCUGGGUAAAGCUGUGUCCUCAUACAUGCAGCUCGUACCUCUAGUCGGCGAGGUGCAUGGAUUCUUUUCUUCUCUUCCUCGUUCUAUUAUAUCUAGAUUGAGAACAACAAAUUGCUUGCUGCUUGAGGGAGACGGUGAAGAAUGGGUUCCUCCUUGCAAGGUUUUAAGAAACUGGAAUGAAAAGAUAAGGGUUCUUCUUAAGGAUGGAUUGCUUCAGGAGCAUCUUGCUUUGGGUUUUUUGGACAAAGAUAUAGUUUUGUCAGAUUCUCUGUCAAGGUCACUGGGCAUUGAAGACUACGGGCCGAAGACUUUGGUGCAGAUUCUUUCUUCAUUGAGUCACAAGAAAGGUUGUCUGCAGUCAAUGGGAUUUGCAUGGUUAUCGUCUAUAAUUACUGAACUUUACAUACUAUUCCGUUCUUCUGGGCAUGGUAAUGUAGAGUUAGGUAUAGAUAAGACUCUUAUAGAUGACCUUCACAAGAUCCCUUUUAUUCCCCUGUCAAAUGGUAAGUUCACCUCUUUAGAUGAAGGUGCAGUAUGGUUGCACCAUGACACCUCUGGGUUAGAUCUUGGUGAUGUAUUUGAAGCAUUUCCUAUGCUAUAUGGAAAUCUCCGAACCAUUGAUCAUUCCCUUCUUUUGGCGUCUUCUGUUGAUGAAAAAUCCUGUGUAGAUGACCUCACAAACAUGCUUUGUGCAAUUGGCGUUCAAAAGCUGUCAGCACAUGAAAUCAUCAAAGUUCAUAUAUUACCAGCCUUUGAGGCGAGGAUUAGAGGUACAGAGGAGGGUUUGAUGGUUGAUUACUUAUGCUUUGUGAUGACACAUCUACGAUCUGGCUGUCAUAUUUGUCAUAAUGAGAGGAACUACAUUAUUUCUGAGUUAAGAAGCAAAGCUCUGAUAUUGUCAAAUUAUGGGUUGAAACAGCUAGGUGAGGGGUCAAUUCAUUUCGGUGAAGAAUUUGGAAACCAAGUCAACAUGAAGAAGCUUACAAAAAACUUGGAUAUAUUGUGGCCUGUGGUUGAUGGUACCUACUUGAAACAUCCAGCAUCAAAAUUUUAUGCAUGCGGAUUGAAGGAGUGGCGGGAUUUUUUUCAAGAGAUUGGAAUAGCUGAUUUUGUUCAAGUGGUGCAAGUUGAAAAGAGCAUUGCUGAAUUCUAUUCUGUUUCACGUUGUGAAAAGUAUGAUAUCAACUUGUUAUCUCCCGAGUUAGUUGUCAAAGAUUGGGAAUCCCCGGAACUAGUUGAUCUCUUGUCUCUCUUGAACAAAAGUAAUGGCCGCAAAGGUUGCAAGUAUCUUUUGGAAGUCCUUGAUAGACUGUGGGAUGAUUGUUACCAUGAUAAAGCAACUGUUAACUAUUAUUCGGGUACGCAUGGUGUCAUCAGAUCAUCAGAAUCUUCAUUUAUGAGGGUAAUUUGUGAUUCUCAGUGGAUAGUUUCAAGCAUGGACAACAAAUUGCAUCUUGCAAAAGACCUUUAUCAUGAUUGUGAUGAUGUGAAGUCAAUACUUGGCUUGAACGCUCCCUAUGCAGUUCCUAAGGUUACAAGUGUGAAGUUACUCAGUGAUAUUGGUUUUAAGACCAAAGUUUGCCUCAAUGAUGCUCUGGAAAUCCUAGAAACCUGGGUACACUGUGGAGACUCUUUUAAAUCAAGCAUCUCUCAGAUUACCAGGUUUUACAAAUAUUUGUGGAAUGAAAUGGCUGAUUCAAAGGAGAAAAUAUCUGAAAAACUUCAUACUCUCCCGUCUGUAUUUGUACCACAUGAAAUUGGAAGUAGGCAGAAUGAUCUGAUAUCUGGAAUAUUCUUGCCACUUGGCGAUGUUUACUGGAAUGAUUCUGCUGGCGUUUUAAAUGAGAUAAAAGAGAUCAGUUCGCAGAUCAGCAGUGUUGUGGAAUCAUUGCGUAGGAAAACGUUGUGCACUAUCUAUCCAGGUCUCCAUGACUUUUUUGUGAAUGGUUGUGGAGUACCUGAGACGCCUCCUUUUCAAGAAUACCUUAAAAUUCUAGGGCAGUUCGCACAUUAUGUGUCACCCUCAUGUGCUGCCAAGGCUGUCUUCAAAAUUUUCCUGAAGUGGAGUGAUGACUUGAAUUCUGGCAAAUCUUCCGAAGAUGUUGUUCAUUUUAAAGAGAGACUUUCAGAACUCGAGUACACUGUACUUCCUACUGAAAAUGAUAAGUGGGUUUCCUUGCACUCCUCGUUUGGUCUCGUAUGUUGGUGCGAUGAUGAGAAGUUAAAGAAGAGAUUUAAAAAGAAGGAUAACAUUGAGUUUAUUAACUUUGGGGAAAAUGAUGUUGAAGAGCAAGAGGUGCUUCAAACAAAAGUGUCUGGACUCAUGCACAGCUUGGGCAUUCCAAGUAUUUCUGAGGUGGUAAAACGUGAAGCUAAAUAUGAAGGUUCGCAAGAUAAUACUGUAACAGUGUCACUUGUAAACUGGGCUCUGCCUUAUGCCCAGCGAUAUAUCUAUACUGUUCAUCAUGUGAAAUGGGUUAACGACCAGAGUGAAACCGGUUUACCUUACGACCUACUGAUCGAAAGCCGAGGUGGUAAGAAAGAGUACGUGGAGGUGAAAGCAACGGUGUCGACGCGGAAAGACUAUUUCAACUUGACAGUGAGAGAAUGGCAAUUUGCAAAUGAGAAAGGGGAUGGUUACAUAAUUGCUCAUGUUUUGUUAGGCAACAGUAAUGCAAUCCUCACACAGCAUAGAAACCCGGUCAAGUUAUGCCAAGAAGGUCAUCUCCGGUUAUUGAUUCUCAUGCCAAACCAGCGAAACGAGGUCAACGUUUCAUUUUAA